AUGGGGAAGUUAAAGCUCGAGGAAUUGCCCUAUUAUAAUCCGGCGACCGAAAGAAAAGUUGCGUUAGUCACCGGUGGUAACAGCGGUAUUGGCUGGUAUACUGUUUUACAUCUCUAUAUGCACGGUUUUAUCGUAUAUGUUGGCGGUCGAAACAGUUCCAAAGUUCACAAGGCCAUAAAUGAGAUCAAGGAAGAGGCGGAAAGGAGACAGGACCAUUCUGUCACUGACACAGAAAAUGAACCAGAACGAAGUUUCGGGGAGAUGCGUUACUUGGCUAUCGAUUUGACAGACUUGAAGUCUGUAGAUAAAGCAGCCCAGAAAUUCAUGUCGUGCGAAAAUUCUCUCGAUGUGCUCAUAAACAAUGCGGGAGUCAUGGCUUUGCCCUAUGAGCUUACUAUCGACGGGUUAGAGGUGCAGAUGCAGACGAAUUAUGUUUCGCAUUUCCUUCUUACUAUGAGACUUUUACCGUACGUUAAGAAGUGCUAUGGGAGGGUAAUCACGCUGUCUUCGAUUGGGCAUAAUCUCCAAUUUAGGCAUUUCAGUCUGGAUCAACAUUUUGAUUACAGGCCAAACAUUCUGUUUACAUGGAUGCGAUAUGCGAUGGCUAAAACCGCUUCCAUCCAAUUCACUAAAAUGCUUGCAAUUAAGCACCCAGAUGUCAUGUGCAUCUCUGUACACCCAGGCUUGGUCAUGAACACAAACUUGUUCAGUUACUGGACUCGCCUCCCCAUUGUUGGCAUCAUUUUCUGGAUAUUAUUUCAAAUAAUCGGCUUCUUCUUUGGUGUCUCCAACGAAGAAGGUUCCCUGAGCACAUUGAAAAGUGCCCUUUCUACAAACCUAACCUUGGAGAAAGAUAACGGAAAAUACUUCACUACAGGGGGGGUAGAAUCAAAACCUAGCUCCGUGGCCAAGAACCUGGAUCAUGCCGCUUCCACAUGGAUAUGGACCGUUCAUAAACUACGUGAUAGAGGUUUCAACGUUUAA